GUGAGGGCACAAGGAGGUCUCCUGCCCCACAGAUGGAGAGGGACUACUAGGAAGACAAAGACAUGAUUCAAGAUUUAUUACAGAUGUGCUUUAAUGAGGGAGUGUACCCAACAGAGAUAGACUCGGGGGAGAUAACGGUGGAAGGGAGAGAGGUGAGGCUCAAACUGAACACCUCGUUGGACGAGAUCAAAGUCAAGUGGUUAAAGGAUCGAAUUGUGACCGUCAUUUAUGAGGAUGCGACCAGAUUCCUCCCAAAAAACAUUAAAGAUGGCUUAGUUAGGGCUUUUGAGGAUGGAUGGGUCAUCGACAACGAGAGGUUAGGGGGAAACACGAGAAGAGGGAGAGUAAAGAUUGAGGGGUCAGGGGUGGCUUCCUACGUAGCGAAGGCAAGAGUGGUGGUGCAAUUUAUGAUAUCAGAAGGUCAGGUCGACGUGACACUUGGCUCGAACACCUACAAAAUUAUAUUUAAGCCGUGGAUGACCUGGGCGGAAUUCGGAGACUUAAGAAGACAGGAGGAUGACAACGUGUUCUGGGUGACGGCGCUCCAAAUUCCACUCAAUGUCAUGCCAUUUAUUUAUGCUCAAAUCGAGAAGGCCAUCGACAAGAUCAUCCUCGCGCAUCCACCGGACGUAGAUCCAUCCAGACCUGCGCAAGUCAAUGCGAGAUUUGACCUGGACCCAGAGUCAAGACCUAACAUAAAGGAUGUCCUAUGGAUCAAAACGUCCAAGGGCAACCUUCAGCACACCAAAAUGCAGAAAAGUACCGGUGACGUGGACACAGACCAGCGGGCAUCCUGCGUGGAUCGAAAAUCCGGAGCUACCAAUCAUCCAAGCUUGGAGGAACCCAGGGACGAGGAUACGCUACCAUCAUGGCAGGAGUAUCUCAAGCCGUACGAUAUCAUCCCUCACGCCUUUUAUCCAAGGGCGGAGGAAGUGGUGAUUGACGACGACGAAGAAGACGAGGACGAGGAAACAUCAGAGGAGGGAAGCUAUAGUGAACAUAGCGAGGGCGAGCUGAGCGAAGGAGAAGAGGAGGAAGAAGAAACCGGAUCUGGGUGGGAAGCCUUGCCGGAGGAAGCGACGCGUACGGGAACGGAGGCGGAAGAUCCGGAAGCGGGGCGAAAGCGCGAAGAAUUGCCACCUGGAAGCGCCAGCUGGAGUUCGCCAGCGAAGCUAGCCUGCGCAUCAGUAACGAUCCAACCAGGGAUCCAGAGCCGCCGAAGCCCGAAGAUGGCGACCCUGCAGCCGCCACCUCGAGUACCGCGCGACAGAGACGGAAAUGCAGAGGAGGGGGGAGAAAAGCGGAUCCGAAAUCCAUUCCAAGGAGAGGCGAGUGCGUGGGCAGAGGGACACGUCAUCAUGAUGAUGAUGGCGGCGGCAAGUGCGGUGGCUAUGGGGUCGACCUUGACUGCUUGCUCAAGGGGCGCGGGGGCACCGUCCUGGCGCCAUGUGCACUUUCGUCUUUUGGCGGUUAUUUUGGGUGCCAUUUUGGCGGGGACGAUCUGCUGCGUUGCCAAUGCCGACCCGUCGCCCUCCUCAUCACUCCAUCUCAAUCUGAAAAUCAGGCCUAUUUAUCCUCGCGAGCGCGACGUCGAAAGGAGGGGCCUUUCCCUGUUGGACGAGAUCAGACGUGCGAGUUUCGACGAAGUCCUUGGCUCGUCCUCUGCUCCUUUCUCGGCACCAUCCCUAACGGCCUCUCAUGCUCCUGUUCCGCCAUCGCCGAGCUCUUCUCCUUUUCCAUAUCCAUCAUCAUUAGAGUCACCAUCAUCAUAUUUUGACGGCGUCCCUACCGGUAGUUCAUCCUAUCCUCCCGCUUCGUCCUCCAGUGCACCUUCUUUCGAUUACUCGACAUCGCCAAGCUCAUCGUCUCCACUUUUCUGGUCGCUCUCCCGGCCAUCGAGAUCCAGCCCUAGUUUCGCCGACCCAGACUCGAUCGGGAGCAGCGCAGGCCUCCCUCGCUCAAAACCUCCUCGUGCGCCGCGUGUCCGCUCCUCUGCUUCUCCUUCCUCACGGCCUUGCAAGUCGCGCGCGUGCCGUUCCCCCUCCUCCUCCAAACUCCGCCGCUCAUCUGCUACUCCUUCUCCGCCAUCGUCACAAUCUUCCUCUUUAUCUCGUCCAUUGCCCAGUUCAUCGUCUUCACCUGCCUCGCCAGGUUCUCAGGGAAGCGAGAUCGGAUCUUUCGCAUCCCGCUCUCUCGUCUCGAGCGGCCAUAGACAUGACGGUGUCGGACCUCCAGAUGUCUCUUCCUCCUCGCUAUACUACCCCCCGCCGCCUGAAAGUAGCACACCGGGUUCUUCCUUCGCCUUCCCAAUCUCCUCCUCCUCCUCCUCGGCUUCCUCCUCGGCUUCCUCCUCAUCGUUCCUUCCCCCCUCCUCCUCGUCAUCGUUGGUUGAUGGGAGCACAUCGCUUCGGAGCGGUCCCCCUAGGGCAUAUGUGCCCCGCGUGGUAGGCAGUUUGGCGCUAAGGACAGAGGUGAAGACCCGAUUCACCGUGGAUGUGAUGAUGGGUACGCCGCCUCAGAUUAGAACUUUGGAUGUGGGGUUUUCAGAACACCUGACCUGGACGUUCUGCUAUUCUCCAGACGCCUUAGUGGAUCUGAGUGCUGUUAAUGCCCCGUUCGAACCAGAGUUAAGUAGUACAUACCAGACAGCCUCCUGCUUAACUGCCGGCUGUAGGACUCUAGCUCAAAUCGGGUCUGGCCGGUGCGAGAUGGAGGGAAAUUGCACCGUCUCGCACGCGUAUGGUCAGGCCGGACAACACAGUAUUCAAGGGCAAAUGGUGUCGGACUUCCUGAUGCUGAAGAACGACGACCGGACACGUGUUCGAUUCGACAAUAUGGCGUGUAUCACGAACAUGCGAGGCAUGUUUGCCAAUUAUUCUACCGAUGGGAUCCUUGCUCUGGGCCCAGCGGAUGGGACUUUCUUUGCCGCCGUGACCCAGCAAUUGCAACUGCCACAGAUCUUGAACCUUUGCUUCAAUGCCUCCGGCUAUCUUCAACGAGUGGGCUCCUCAGAACCUCUCAAUCCGAUGUCGGCUGUGCAGGAUGACGGUGGGAGUUUAGUGUUUGGUUCCCCCCCUGAUUGGGUUCAAUACCCUGAGCCCCACGUCAUAGCGCCCUUGGGGAAAACGUCGCUGUCAGCUAGAGUACCGUAUGCCAAUUACGUGUCCUAUCUGGUAAGUUGGAGCAUCGGACCCUCCUCCUCCUCCUCCUCCUCCUCCUCCUCCUCCUCCUCCUCCUCUACCUCCUUCUCCUCCUCCAUCUCCUCCUCCUCCUCCUCACCCUCCUCCUCUCUGAACCCCCCGGGAACAGGUACUGUGUUCUUCGGGUCGAACUCGUUCCUGACGCUAGUUCCUAAGGCGAAUCUCUCCACCAUCGUAGAGGCCAUCUAUCGGGCGACUUCGUUGUCACCCUUGCAGUCAGUUACAGAUUUGACCGUGUACCAGAGGGCAGAUUUGCGAGAGUGUAGCGUGAGCGAUUUCCCUGAAAUUAGUUUCACUUUUCAGGGAGGGGUAGUUCUAAGUGCCAAGCCGGAAGACUACACCGUCACUUUCCCUGAUAUCCAGCAGGGCUGUCUCAUCGUGCUGGGGUUUUCGGACAUGAGCGCGGACGAGUACUUCGAUCUGGGGACCUCUGUGUUGCAAUCCAAGUGGUUGACCUUCGAUUUCUCUGGGCUCACAGGUAGUUUCAGGGUCGGGAAUGGGCCGUGUUCUCAGGCUCAGGGGUAAGGCUUAGCGUGCUUUUGCGUGGAAACCUCCGGCUGUGUGCUGCGUAUUGCUAUGAGACUCCGAGUAGCUGGAUCC